ACGAAGCUAAAAACCUGAAACUCUAGAAUCUCUCUCUCUCUCUCUCUGAAAGUUCUAACCCAUUUUGAGUCUUCGACGGAAAACCAGAUUUGGGUUGGUAUUUUGUGGUUUCAGGGCUCGUUUUGAUGCACGCCGGCCCUGGCCCAAGGCGACCAAGGCGGUCGCCUUGGGGCUCAAAUUAUAGAGGGCCUCAGAGGGAAAAAAAAAAAAAAAAAAAAUUUAAGUUAGGAAAAGUCUUGGUCACAUUGGGCCUCAAUUUUGAGGCCAAUAGGGGAUGGAAAAAAACAAAAAAAAAAAAAAAAAAAUUUAAAGUUGGGGCAAGUUUCAGACGACACAAUCUGCUUCGGCAGCCUCCGCUAUCGCCUCGGUGACAAGGACCCUUUUCUGUCAUUUCAUCUUCCUGUGCAACUCGACUCACUGUCUUCAAAACCCAUUUCGGGCAACCACCGAAGCAAAGAUCCGGAAAAACCCUAGAAUCUCUCAUUCUCUAUCUGUGAACCAUUUCGACGGUUAACCAGGUUAAAAAUUGUAUAUUUGCUAGAUAUGAAGCGAGACCAUGACGCCGAUGAUGCUGAUGAUACAAAAAGGAGUGACUGUGAUUGUGUAAACAUUGCUGGUGAUGAUAGUGGUAUGCACUGUGACUGUGAAAUUGAUCAAGCUGACGAUGACGCAAGGAGUGAUGGCUUUACUGAUUGUAAAUGGGAAUCUGAUGAUUGCUAUGAUGGGAAAGUGCUUCUUAAGGAACUGAAUAAGAUUUAUCCACAACUUCAGUUGGAUUAUGACUCUGUCAAAGGUGAUUGCUUGAAAAUUUAUGAGGAAGAGAAAGCGAAGGUUAAACAUUUUUUAAGACAUAUGGUUGGACAGAUCAGCCUUUCGGCUGACAUUUUGUUUCAUGAAACCACAAAGGGUGAGUGCUGCUUCUUUAUGAGCCUAGCAGCAAAUUUCAUAGAUGAUGGUUGGAACUUGAAAAAGUGGGUUCUCAGUUUCCGGCGUAUUUUUGAUGGGGACUGUGGUUGUCUCGAUACAGCCAUUUUGAAGUCUCUUAAAGAUUGGGAGCUGGAGGACAAGAUUUCCAGUCUCACAUUGUUAGACAGCAAUGCUUAUGAUGAAGUUAUUGAGGUAGUUAAAGCUAAAGUUCAGGAAAAGAAGAGGCUCCAACUUAGUGGUCAGCUAUUUCGUGUGAACUGUUGUGCUGAGAUGUUAAGCCUAAUGGUGCAAGAUGCAUUUAAGGACAUAUCUAAGAUUAUUGAUAAGGUUCAGGAACUAUGCUGGACAAAGUCGAGUCCUUUAUGGUAUCUCACAGCCUCCAAGCUAAGAAAUGCUUUAGAACUAGACUCAAUGGGGGAAUUUUCACGUGUAUGCAUGGACGAUUUACCAUCUACGGAUGAAUGGAGGAAAGUUGAAAGUGUUUGUAAAUUGGUUGAAAGCACACAUAAUGUAGCAAAGAUGAUGUUUGAAACAAAGGAUCCAACUGCUAACAUAUAUCUCCAUAAUCUUCAAGAGCUUCGGACAAUCUUGACUCAAGAUUCGAUCAGUUCAGAUAGCUUCAGUAGUAAAGUUGCUAAGAAAAUGCUUGAUAGACUUGAUGAGUAUAUUAAUGAUAUGUUUUUGGUAUUGGCAAUUGCUUCAGUUAUGGAUCCUUGCUUUAAGUUGCAAUAUAUAGAAUGUUAUUCCUCAAACUUUGCCGAAAGUGAUGGAAACUCAAAAGUUACACUUGUUUUGGAGGCCAUUCGCAACCUAUAUGAUGAUUAUGUGAAACAAGAUGUUGAAAGUUUGAGUGAUUCAACAUCUUCCAGCUCGAAAUCAGAGUUUCCAGGGAGUGUGGAUGGAGCAUCUGGUGGUCCUACUUGGUUGAAGGAUCACAGUCAGUUUGUUGAAUCUAUUAAUCAGCCGCCUAAGUCACAGCUGGAUUGUUAUUUGGAAGAACCCGUUGUGCCUUUGAGCCAGGAUUUCAAUGCAUUGAAGUGGUGGAAAGCUAAAAAUCCCAAGUAUCCCAUUCUGUCCAAGAUGGCUCGUGAGAUUUUGGCAAUUCCAGUAUCUAUAGCCACUUCAUAUGAUGCUUAUUAUACAGAAUACAGAGAAGCUGAUCUCCCAGUUUUUGGCACAGAGCCGGACUUGAGGAACGCCGUGGUGUGCACUCGGAACUGGUUGCGUGGGCGCUCUCCUCACUUAUCACCCAUUUAGCCUUUCUUUGCUCAUUUUCUGGCAUGGAUGCUUUUGCAAUUCAGUGUUUAUAGAACCAACUCUAAUGACUUCAGUUAUCUUCCUCCACCCUCUGUCUUUUUGGACUGACUUGAUAUUUGUAAUAGGUGCUUCUUCUUGGGUUCGUGCUGCCAUCAAUGGGAAUCAAUUUGGCCAAGCAACAGUAACAAUCAGCUUUUGUAUGCUUCAGUUUUUGGACUUGAUAGGAUGCUAUUUGGGUUUUUAGACUACAUCAGUUUAUAUGUUAUUGGUGAUGUUGCUUUGUAUAA